AUGAAACGAAAGCGAGCCAGUAGACCUGAGCCCAUAGCUCUGAAGCGUACGAAAACCAGCAACGGUGCUGUGAAAAGCAACCUUCAACACAUACCUUCCAUUCUCCGACUAUACUAUCCUCAAGUUCUAACAUUACGAGAAUACCUUUUGCAAGCCCAUCCGUCCAAGAACAGAAAACGUCAGAUCCAGAACUAUGGGGACCAUAACGUGAAGAGCUCUCAAGGCACCAAUUCUGAUCUGGCAAACCUUCUGGAUAGUGUUCUCGUUGGCUGUCACGAUGCGAAGAAAGAAGAGCAAAAUACUACCGACUAUAACAACGACCUCAGCGUGUUCUCAACGCAGGUGUCUGGAUCUACAGCAAGAUCUAGCGGCUCGCAAACACAACUUUCCUUUGCAGAGAUUGUGGAUUUCGUCACCUGGCGACUUUUUCGUCAGCAUACUUCUGGACAUCGACCACCACACGUCCUUUGCCAUGGGUACUACUACGACGGCCUUGGAGAUGUCAAAACUUCGAUCAAAACAAUCACGACCAACCGUGAAGGCGUUCCACUGGACCCAAAUGAGCAUGUCGAGAGGUUGAAAGGAGAUGCUUGGGCUGGCUUGACGAGGCUGGUUGGAUCAAAGGGUACUGUCACGCUCAUCCAGCUGCUGCAGAAUUGCGGCAUGUUCAUGCCUCUCGAAGGAGGCAGAAACAACCUCAUACAGAUCAGUGGAGUCGAUCUCUCUGAGCUCCGGACUGUCGACAAGCAUAACCCCACAGGUGGUCAGAAACCAGAUGGUGGUGCAGCUCUAGAGGUAGCUAACACUGACGGUACUGGGUUCUCAUCCAGGCACGAGAUCAAUACCCUUAAUACAAUCCGGUUCGUACGACACCGUAUUUUGUACAGGAAGCCCGACCUCAAUGCAAAAGGAGGGGCAUAUUUCGGUCUCCCUCAUAUCCGUAUGUCUUGUGGACUCCACAACUCAGCUCAACGUCUGACACAUGAUAGAUGUCUUGAAUCGCAUUGGAUACGACAAAGAAGUCGACAAGACUGCACACCUCUUGAAGUACAUUUUUCCACGCCAAUUUGGACUUCACAAUGUCUUCACCCACGCGAUUGA